GUCUGUCUUAAGUAGUGGGAACUUAACACACUGCUUUAUUGUUAUAAAGAAGCUACGACAGAGUUGAUUGUCUUCUCUUCUAGAUAGAAUGGGAUCAAAAUUGUCAACACAAAGUCACAAAAAUGCAAUUUUAAAUCAGGACAACACUAUAUUUUGUCUUCAUAAUGAAAGAUGUGAAAGUAAUAUAAAAGAAGGUAAGACAAACUAUAACAUUGAUCUAAAUCCUAGUCAUGAUCAACUUACAGAAUGUCUACAUGCCACCAAAAACCAGUGUUAUGUCCAAUCAGAUGAUACUGAAGGUAUUAUAAUAGGUAAUCAUGAAACUCAGGAGUCAGAAAGUGGAGAAGCUGAUCUACACACAUAUCUUGUUAACUGUAAGAAGAAUCCAGGACAUAAACAAUUUAUACCUGUUGAUACAUUUGCCAUGAAACAUUUACCUGAAGGUUAUCAAGACAAAGAUUUGUAUGAAUACAUAAAAGUUUUAUCUGAACUGACAGUUAGAGUGAGUGUUUUAAUGUCCAGUCCACACAGACCAAUGUUUUGGCCAAAGACAACUCAACCAUUUCCAUUUUAUAACAUGAGUGACACAAGAAAUCUGAGGACAGGAAGCGGAAGUGUGUGGAAAGUAAAAAAGUUUCAUGAUGGCGUCAGACAAGAUGGAUGUAAUGGUCGUACAGACUACACCAAGUGUUGGUGUAGAAAAUGUCAAGAUUUAGACUCGCCCAGCAAUGUGUGGUGGGAAUUUAAAGUGACAACAGCUAUACAGGUGGUUUUUGAUGACAUUGAGGCCAGUCAGACGACCUUGAGACUGUUUUAUGAUAGAAAUGAUAGUCUAGAGGUCAGUGUUGAUAAGGUCAAGGUUGAUUAUGUAAAUAUUGAGUAUGACUUGUGUAUGUUGAACUGUGUUACAUGUGACGAAAAUUUAGGAAAUAAACUGCUUGAGACUUGGAAACAUUUUUUUGAUGUCAGUUUGAAAGUCAGCAACAAAUACUUUGACAAUAGCUUUAACCAGAAGUUAAACGUUAUAGUGUCACAUCCACAUGGAUGUUCUAAACAGGUCAGUGUUGGUCAAUGGAAAGAGAAGCUAGAGGUGGGUGAUCUAUCUAAAUUUACAUAUACAACUUGUACAUGUCCAGGAAGUAGUGGUGCAUUUGUUUACUGUCUGGGGUUAAAUGAUGUGCUGUCUGAGAUAGUUCACAGUGGAAGUUUAAAUUCUGGAUUAAAUUACAGUGGAUCUGGUUAUAUCUAGUAAGUUGACAUGUCAACCUUAAAUAUGAGUACGCAUUUAUUUUAUAACUCUUUACAUUCUUAAUAUUUAAACUAAAAAUAAUUAAAUGACAUUUUCUUUCUUGCUUUAACAUAAUCAUAUAUACAUUUUUUAGUUUCAAUUAUUAUUGGUUAUUAGUUUUUGUUUUGUAUAAAAAAAAAUUAUAAAAAACUUUUUAAAGUAUUAAAACGUCAACUUUUGUGUUUCA